AUGUCCCCCCUCAGCGCCAUCACCAGCUGGCUCUGCUGCAUCCCAAGCCCCGAUCCCAGUCCUCCACGCCCACCUUUACCUUCAGCCUUACCGUCAGCCGCACCUUCACUACCGAACUAUUCCCGCGCAACCAACCAAGGCUACCUCCCGCCCACCCCACCCCUCCCCGCCUACACCCCCCAUCCACACAGCGCAACCGAAAAGACCCUCGCCCUGCACCCUCGCCCAUCCUCGGCCUCAUCAUCAUCAUCAUCAUCAUCAUCAUCGACGUCAAUCUGGAACGAGAAAUCCGGUGCAGCAACUGCAACCACAUCAUCCCCCGCAGCAACAGCCACACCCGAACCGGUUGUCUCAGCAGCAGCAGUGCCCCUCUACCCCCCAUACUACCACACGGCCACGGGACUCUUCGACCCGACCCCCUCGGAAACCGACAGCGACACCUCGUCGACGCUCUCCUUCCCCAGCACCAGCAGCUACGGGAACACCUCCACCGCGACGCGCGAGACGCCGCCGCCGCCGUACUCGCCACGGAGUCUGGGCAUGUCGUCGGAGAGAACGAUGUCGCCUGUUCCGUCGUUGAUGUCGGAUUCCGGGAGGAGUAGUAGUAGUGGGAGUAGUGGGAGUGUUGCCGGUGGUGCUGGAGCUGGGGCUGGGUUGGGGAGGCGGUUUACCGAGGAGAUGGUGCAGAUUGCGGCGCCGAGGGCGGUGGUGAUUUGGGAUUCGGGUCAAGCUACUAAUGAUGGAGUGCGUGCGGUAUAG